AUGUCAAAGUAUAAACAAGAAAUUGAAGAGGUUAUUCGCAAAAAGCAAAAGCUUUUAGAAGAGCUCGAGCUUUCAAAAAAUACAUAGGAAGUUAUAGAUGACAAUUUAGCAGUCGAAGAUGGAGAAAGAAAAAGAAAAAUACCUAAAAUAAAAGACGAUAAUACUAAAUAGUAAGAACUUGGAAAUGAUGAAAUAUUAGAUAGUUAAUUAGUGAAAGACGCAUACAAUACUUAGAAUGAGCAUGAUGAGGAAUAAAAUGAAGAAAUUUAAGAAAAAAAGAAUGAUAUUAGAAAGGAAUGUCCCUUCAUUAUUACAAUUAAGAGACAUUUAUUAGAUUUUGACUUCGAAAAGCUUUGUAGUAUUUCAUUAGCUAACUUAAAUGUAUAUGCAUGCCUUAUUUGUGGAAAAUAUUAUUAAGGCAGAGGUAGAAAUACUCAUGCAUACUUGCACUCUUUAGAGACAAAUCAUCAUAUGUAUAUUAAUUUGCAUAAUGCCAAAGUUUAUUGCUUGCCUGAUAAUUAUGAGGUUAUAGAUUAGAGUUUGAAUGAUAUCAAAUACAAUUUAGCACCAGUGUAUUCUGAUUAGUAAUUAGCCAAUUUAGAUACAAUGGAUACAAAAUCUCGUGCAUUAAAUGGUAUUUAUUAUUAACCUGGAUUUGUUGGUUUGAACAACAUUAAAAUGAAUGAUUAUGUUAAUGUUAUCAUUUAAGCUCUUUGUAGAAUACCUGUGCUAAGAAAUUAGAUUAUUCGCUUUAACAAUACAGUAAAUUAAGAUGUCUUUGAUUUGAAAACUUUAAUUUCAAAGCGUUUUUCAAAUCUUGUUAAAAAAAUAUGGAAUCCUAGAAACUUCAAAGGUUAGGUUUCUCCUCACGAGUUACUCUAAGCAAUUGUUUUAAAGAGUAAGAAAAAGUUUACCAUAAAUGAACAAAGUGACCCAAUAAAAUUACUCAGUUGGCUUUUAAAUAACAUAUAAUCUGAAUUAAGCAACACUAACUAUAAAAAUCUUAUUGAUGAGUGCUUUAAAGGUGAAGUAGAAAUUCACACAUACACUCCUUUAUAAAAUCAGAUAGGUUAUUCUAGUGUUCCAGAAAUAGAAAAUAAGCCAUUCAUUUAUUUAACUUUGAACAUCCCUCCUCCACCUCUGCACAAGGAUGAUCACAAAAAAAUUAACAUUCCUGAACAACCUCUUUUCAAUCUCUUGAAAAAAUUCGAUGGAAUAACCACUCACGAUAAUCCUAAAUACAGAAAAACUUAUAGAAUUAAAAAAUUACCUAAAUAUUUAAUAUUACACAUGGAACGUUUCACUUUUAACAAGUAUUAUUUAGAAAAGAAUCCCACUAUUGUUCGUUUCCCAUUGAACAAUCUUGACUUAAAAGGAUAUAUUGAUGAAGGAAAGAGUUUAAGAUAUAAUCUGUUGGUAAAUAUAUGUCACGAAGGAACAGCAAAAGCUGGUACAUAUAAAAUACAUGUUAGAAAUAAAGCCAACAACACCUGGUUUGAAAUCCAAGAUUUGUAUAUCACAUAAGUUUUACCUUAAAGAAUUAGUGUAUCAGAAGCCUACAUUUAAAUAUAUGAAAGAAUUGAUGAUUGA